CCCUACAACCGCGCAGCCCGCCUCACCGCCCGCCCUGCCAGGGUCUCCCCGCGCCUUCCCAGCCCCGGCGGUUCGCGGGGCGGGACGGGACGGGGACGGACGGGACGCUGCGGGGCCGCCCGACGGCUCCCCCCGGCGGGGCCCUGCGCGGCGGCGGUCGGUCGGUCGGUCGGGCUGCACGUCGGGCGAGCGGUCGGAGGGUGGAGUGAGAGGGACAGGCUUGACGGCGGCGGCGCUCCCCGCCGGGCCGGCGGGCAGCCCGGCACUUUCCUUUUCGGCGCGGGGAGGAGCGGCAGCUGCGCAGGCGUUGCUCGCACCCUGUUGAUUAGUCAGUGCUGGGAUGGCGCUUCCUGGGCCAGGCGCGGCGGCGGCGGCGGGCGGCCCCAGCCGGUCCCGGGGGGUGGCGGGAGCAGCAGCCGCCGCAGCAGCAGCCGCCGCGGUAGCCGCCCGGCGGGCCUCCCCUUCUGCCUAGCCCGGCAUGUCCCGGGGCGGCCGGCGCUGAGCGAGGCUGCCUCCGUUCCCCUCCCGGCUGGCUGCAGCCCCGCCGGGUGGGAGCACCCCGCCGGCGCUGCCUGUCUGGCUGCCCUCCCUCCCUCCCUCCCUUCCUUCCCUCCCCGGGCCGGGAAGAUGGACCCCGGCCCGCCGCUGGGCUGCAGCCUCAAGGACGUGAAGUGGAGCGCGGUGUCCGUCCCCCUGGACCUGCUCGUCAGCACCUACCGGCUCCCCCAGAUCGCCCGGCUGGACAGCGGAGAAACUGUAGAAGGCCUUCGAGAGAGUGAUUAUCUUCUGAUUCAUUCAUGUCGGCAGUGGACAACAAUUACAGCUCACAGUCUGGAGGAGGGUCACUACGUCAUAGGGCCAAAGAUAGAAAUCCCUGUACAUUAUGCAGGGCAGUUUAAGCUGCUGGAACAAGACCGAGAUAUUAAGGAGCCAGUGCAGUAUUUUAACAGUGUGGAGGAGGUGGCUAAAGCAUUUCCUGAACGAGUUUACGUCAUGGAGGAAAUAACAUUCAACGUUAAGGUGGCUUCAGGUGAAUGCAAUGAAGACACCGAGGUUUACAACAUUACCCUUAGUACUGGGGAUGAGCUCACUUUAAUGGGGCAAGCAGAAAUCCUUUAUGCAAAAUCUUCUAAGGAGAAGUCACGACUCAACACCAUCUUCAAAAAAAUCGGGAAACUUAAUUCAAUUAGUAAGCUAGGUAGAGGCAAAAUGCCCUGCCUCAUCUGCAUGAACCACAGGACCAACGAAAGCAUCAGUCUCCCUUUCCAGUGUAAGGGCAAGUUUAGCACCCGCAGCCCGCUGGAGGUGCAGAUGCAAGAAGGUGAGCACACGAUUCGCAAUAUAGUAGAAAAAACCAGGCUGCCCGUUAACGUGACUGUGCCGAGUCCUACACCAAGAAACCCUUAUGACCUGCAUUUUAUCCGUGAAGGGCACAGGUACAAGUUUGUCAACAUUCAAACCAAGACUGUAGUGGUUUGUUGUGUGCUUCGUGGCAACAAAAUUAUUCCCAUGCAUUUUCCCUUGCACUUGACGCUUCCGAAAUUUACUCUACCUGACAGUCUGGUGAAGGGGGAGCUGUGGCACGAAUCCCUCAUCCAGCAUUGGUUUAAUAUAUGCCAGGAACAGUUUGACAUAGAUGAGUAUUCCCGUGCCGUGCGAGAUGUGAAAACUGACUGGAACGAAGACUGCAAGAGCCCAAAGAAGAGCCGAUGCACGGGGCACAGCCACAUGCCGAACUCCCUCAGCUACGCGCGGGACGAGCUUACGCAGUCCUUCCACCGGCUUUCGGUGUGCGUCUAUGGAAACAACUUGCAUGGGAAUAGUGAAGUGAACCUCCACGGCUGCAGGGACUUGUGUAACGAGUGGGCCCUGUUCUCUCACGAUGCUCUUCAGUACCAGGAGUCUGGUGACAGUAGCAGUGAUUACCUUUUUCCUGAAGUUAGUGAAGAAUCGAUGUUUCUACCUACAAAACCAGAACUUCCUUAUGAAGAGCUGUGGUUGGACCAAGGGUGUGGAAAGGCUGGCGACCAGCCUCUCACUCGCUCACUAAGUGAGAAGAACAAAUGUGACAACUACAGAGGGUCUUUCCGAUCAAAGUGUGGUACCGCAUCUCUUCCUGUGCCUGCGACUGUCGGAGCAACCACAAAGUCUUCAGAUGUUUCCCUACCUCCACCUCCAGUGCCUCCCAAAUCAGAAGCAGUAAAAGAGGAAUGCAGGCUCCUGAAUGCUCCCCCCGUCCCACCACGGAGCUCAAAGCCGUCGUCCACCAGCCCUUCCAUCCCUCCUCGUACAGUCAAACCUGCACGACAGCAGACCCGCUCUCCUAGUCCUACUCUGUCCUACUACUCUUCAGGACUGCACAACAUUGUCACAGAGAGCGACAACACCAACCCAACUGAGAGCACACCUGUUUCCUGCUACCCUUGUAACAUGAUGAAAACCGAAUCCAAAGAGCCUGAGAGCACGAUGCCUUUGGGAAGCCCCUCAACUGAAGCUCUGCCUUCGAGGUUAUCUUGGCCAAACCAUUUUUCAGGAACUGCUGAAAGCCUGAAUAGGAGUGAUUUCCUGCUCGAUCCAAGCAGGAGCUACAGUUACCCCAGACAGAAGACUCCAGGUACGCCAAAGAGAAACUGUCCAGCACCUUUGACUUUUGACUUCGAUGGGUGUGAGCUCCCAGUGGGGUGCUCCCCGCUGACCCCAGCAGAGUUCACAAACACCAUCUCUAGCUGUCCAAAGUCGGCAAGUUACUCUCUAGACUGCACUGAUGAGAAAACUCUGGGAGUCAGCAACGCAAAGCAGAGCCAUUCGUGUCCUGCCUUACCUCCUCGGGCACCGAAGUCAAAUGAAGAGAAAACAGUUACAGACAUGUGUCCCUUGCCACUGAAAAUAGAUGGUGCUGAGGAGGAGUCAAAAACUGGUUCUCCAGACCUCUUGGAAGAUCAGUAUCUCGUUAAAAAGGGCAUGCAGGAUACGUUCUCUUUGUCUUAUCCCUUCUCGUCUCCCCUCCACCUCCAGUUAGCACCAAGAUCUUGUGGGGAUGGCUCUCCCUGGCAGCCACCCACAGACCUUUCUGGACUUUCCAUAGAGGAAGUAUCUAAAUCGCUGAGGUUUAUUGGUCUGUCAGAAGAUGUCAUAUCGUUUUUUGUUACAGAGAAGAUUGAUGGCAAUUUACUGGUUCAGCUUACGGAAGAAAUCCUGUCAGAAGACUUUAAGCUAAGCAAAUUGCAGGUUAAGAAAAUACUACAGUUCAUUAAUGGCUGGCGGCCCAAGAUGUGAUGCUAACUAGUUAUUAGUGAAACUGUAUGAGAUGUGCUCAAUGCACUUCAGCUAAUACAUCACUUCCUGUUUUUUGCACUAAAAGCCCUUCCUGUAAAUAGUAGUAGAAAAAUUCUUACUAUGCAGGUAAACAUUUUUGAGUGGUGAACAGAUUUUUUUUUUUUUUUUUUUUGUAUGUCAAUAAUAAAACAGAGAAUCUGCAGAGGCGUGCCUUGUGCAUCCCUGAACGUUCAACAGCUGCUAAAAACUGGACACUAAGGGAACUUUUACUCCGUAGUCUCUUAAGACUUAGUCGUAUUUAUUACUGAACAAUUUGAUGCUGAAAGACACACACCAAUCCAGUUUACAGUUUUGUGUUAACUGCAAAAAAAAUGUAUUUCUUACAGGAUUAUUUCUGUUCAAAUAAUAUUUGGCAACAUGCUGCGACUUUCUUCCAUUUCUGUUAACAAAAAGCAUGUUCGGAUAUACAAAAACAUUCUUUUGACACUACAUCUGAAAAUGUUAAGAAUUGCUGUGAAGUGCCACUAAUACACUAUUCUUGCAGCAUAUUUUUAUUAACAGUAUCUUCCUGACUACCUGUAAUGUGGAUACGUUUUCCGUGUUACUUUGAGCAAAAAGAGUUAAAUGUUUUCAAAACAAGAGUCUUGCUUAGCUCACUGCCCAGAGGGGAGGGAGAAGGGGGAUUUUCCUACUGAGCCACUCUGCCCUGACCAAUUAAAAGUUUAUGACCUGUAGAUUUCAAAAGUUGCUUUUGUAGUCAGAUGGCUGGAGUAAGGAGCAUGACUUCUGGUCAUGCAGCUUUCUCAUGGGAAAGGCAGCUCAGUGCACAGACUCCUCUCGGCAGAUCCUGCCUGCCGCAGUAGCCUGCUAGCACGGCCUUUGCAAUAGCCUUGCUCUGGCGAAAGGCAACCCUUUAUGUUUCCUCUGCUGCUGUUACGAUCAUCUAAAAAUGCGCUCGAUGUGCUAUCCUAUUCCUGCGGUCGGAUCUGUGUGGGAAGGCGAUAGUACUCCUGUAGGAUGCCUUUGAAAUAAAGCAUUAGCGAGGGAGGGAACAGAAACAGCACAUGGCACGCUGGUAAGAAGGGGCCAAGUGAGGUUUUGAGCCAUGCCACGGGAAAUGCUUGUGGUGUUUUAAGUUCACCUGUCUUGUUUGCAGUGGGCUAGGAGGAUGUGGGUGUCAAAGUGGGCGGGACUGUAGCAUCGUAAGAUGUGUUAAUUCAGUUGCCCAGCUGCAAAAGUCACUGCAAUAGAUGUCACACGGAAGUAGCAGUCAAAAGGGAGCACAGAGAUGGGAAGGGGGCAUUCGUCUGCCCCUGGAGACCUUUCAAAUUUAACUGCUCAGAAGGCUAGAAAUAGGAUUAACUUUUGCUAGUCUGUUGCUGAUUUCUUGUAGUUGGCAGAGCUCUCCGAAAUGGGUCUAAAUAACCCCAGGAUCCCCUACCUUUGUAGUACUGAAUGCAAGGAUUUGUGGAGGUCCUCAAGAAGCAGUCUGCGGUGUCCAUCCUCAGCAAGUGUGCGUGCCCACGAUCCUCAGGUAGUCAGAGCCAGGGAUGCUGGAGCAGCUUCACCUUCACCUGCUGCUGAGCAGAGCCCUGGCCAGGGUGACACCAUCACCUGCCUUUCUUACCUCUUUGAAGUACAAAAAAUGUCUCUUUCUCUGUUGUAGGGCAUGUAGUGGGAACAUCAAGAGAAAAUAUAAAAUGGGAAGCUGAUUUUGCCUGUUUUCUCAACCAUAUUGACUCAUUUAAAAGAAUUUAUUUGCAAAUAGAGUGUUCUGUUGCCUGGGCAAAUUUCAUGUCAUGUCUCCAUGCCAAAGCCAAGAUGCAUCAUUUGUCUUGCAAUAAUGCAAACCACCAGUCCCCAACCAGAGAGAAAAGCCCAAUUGAUGUGGGUACUAGAAAGCAGGGAGCCAAAAAAUAUCCCAAUAGAAAAACCCCAAGACUUCAUAAUCCUACUCUUUUUCUUAAUGUAUUGACUUUUAGCAACAGAUCAAUAGCUUCCUCUGGAUGCUUUUUAAUUAGCGUCCUAAAAUAUUUUAGCUGCAAGUAAGACUAAAUCAAAUUUGAGUACUGUUCAGAUAUGUAUGCAUGUUCGUAGGCAUGUGCAAGUUGAAAUCAAUUGCAUUUUAACUCUCACUAUGUCAAAUGAGUGUUCAAAUUGGAAAGGGACACGUUUUAAAUGUCAGAUACUUCUCUUUGUUUUGCUUGGCUUGUUAAUUCCAGGUAAAAAAAGUAAAAUCUCUCUCUCUCUCUCUCUCUCUCUCUCUCUCUCAAAGAGGAGAUUGCAGUCUUGGUAAUAUUAACAUUAAAUAUUACUAAUGCUUCCAAGAUAUUAACAUCCCUGAGAAAAUAGUGUUCUUCAGCUAAGGAAGGAGACCUAUUCUGUUAUCUCUGCUUACCUGCUUGGAAUGGUUUUUCUUGCAAGCAGCCUGGUGGAAUUUGCAUUCGUGAGUGUGCUGCAUUAACAUCACAUAUGUAUAGACCAAAAUACAGCUGGCCUGUUGGAAGGCCGAGAAAUGUGCAAUGAUUGCAGAAGCAGAGCCUGUGUGCAAAAGUACAGCUAAAACCUCUAACUGCAAACUUGCUAUUGAUGUCCUUCCAGUUGUUUUGUUCUGGCCUGGCACUACCUACUUAUUUUUAUGCAUAAUAUAUUAGCAUUUGACCUUUUCUUUUGCCCUUAGCUGCCCAUCACCUUAAUUUUCCAAGCCCUUUUUAGUGAUCUAGGUAUUCCUAACCUUUGUGUUGUGUGAAUUAUAUGACUGCAGCAUUGAGCUACCUGCUGUGAUGCCCAGGCUGGACUGAAGCGUCUGCUCUGGUAAAAUCAGGAGAGUGUUGAGGAAACCAGGCAGCUGGAGUGUGGUGGCUUGGCCUCUCCACUGCUGUGUAGGUAGCCAAGCUAUGGCAGCGCUGAUGCCCAUGGGAUCUAAUUUACUUGCUUUCCUCUUGAGCUUCGCUGCUGUGGUGUUAGGGGGUCAGGACUGUCCUUGGCGCUGUAGAAGGCAGUCUGAACAGGGCACACCGAUGUGAAUGCAUUGGUCUCACGGGAAGUCCCUGGCAAUAAAGGGAUGGUGGCACCUUUGAAAUGGGGCAGGAGCAGAGGAGAGCUUCAGGCCUUAGCAGAGAACCACACAGUCUCUUUAGAAGGAUGGGGUGUAAGACCUGAAGACUUAAAUCUGUAAAAGGUUACAAAAUGCUGCACUGCUGAUGGUACUUUGAGAUGGAGGGUUGCUUUAAUGUUCCCACUGUGGUUAGGAAGUGUGUGAAAGCUCUGGGGAACAUCCCUGUGAUAUGAACUUUUUACCGGCUGAUGAGAAUAGGUGGAGAUAGCACUCAGGGUUUGCUGGGACUUGCAAACCGUACUAGCAAACUGAGCAGCGCCAAGGCACGGGUGCUCUCUCGUGGGAGUCGAGUGCUGCUGAACUGUGGGCUCUUGCCUGGUUUGGUGCAACCCAACCAGCCUGUGCAAUGGGUGAUCCCAGACAACUCCCAAGCACAGCUCGGAGGUUAGCAGUGGGGGAAACCAGCCUGGUUUUGGGUAAUGAAGUUCAACUGUGUUGAUGCGAGCUGUGUUGGUUGUCCUUGGGGCCUGAGAGAAGGCUCUGGCCCAUUUUGUCUACUAGCAGAGAUGUUGCCAUUGAGUUCAGACAACACGUGUCGGGCCUAAAAUCUCGUACUUUUUGGAGGCAGUCUGCUAAAAUAGGCCACUCCUAACCUUGGAUUUCUUUCCUCAGAUUAAAUAAAUGUAAGGCCUCUGGUGCUUAUUUAGUUAUCAGUGUCUGAAGCUGUGUGUUAUCCUCGGGGGUUUUGUUUGUCCGGGGCAUUUGGUAGCAAAAAAUCUGGCAUGUCAUUCUGUAUGGAGCUGUCUCAUUGUCCUGCACCAGGAAACACAUCCUUUCUAUGCAACAGUUGCAUGGUGGCACAAGGACUGAGGCUGCCUUCAGCGGUGAAAGCUGAAUUUUGGCAUGGGGGCUUUUCUGGAGGUGGGCGCAGAAUUGGCCGGGGGCAGGGUGGGGAGGAAACUUGAGGGGAAAUGCUGGUUUACUUUAAAUGCUCAUUGUGCCUCGGAUUAAGAUUCUUCAUAUUGCUGCCUGACUGGCUAACCAAAGCUGUAUUGAAAUCAACUCAAAGUGCAUAUUUGCGUUCUUAUUCUUGCCGUAUUGUAAAAAUUGCCUACAGCUAGAAGCUUAGAGACAGAAAACAUUUGGUCCAUCCAAAAUUAGAAGGAAAAUGUAUUUUGAAGUGUUCUUUGCAGCUAGUAGCAAGCAUUUGAAGUAACUGUGUAUUACACAGGGUUUUUUCCAAUACAGCAGUUUCAUUUGCCACUUUAAUGGACUUUAUUCCGCAACAACAGCUUCAAGAGAAACAGCGUAAGUAGCAAUGCUGUCUAAAAACCCACUGUGUUUCAAAUCUGUCUAUAAAUACUUGAAAUGUUUUCUCCUAUGUUUUCUUCUUGAAUCAACUCCUUGAUUGUCUCCCCACUAAUAAAGUGUGCUGGCACCAGCUACUUGUGUGCUGCCCAGCGGGCUGCCUGCCUGCAACACAGGUCAGCAAAGUCCUGCCUGCGGGCCAGGCAGGGGGUACACCGUGCGACUUAAAAGCCGAACACCAGCCCUGUGUGAAAGGACUAGGGCUUAGCCCAGCUCUCCUGGGCUCCUCUUUUUGAUGCUCUGAAAUUGCAGCAUUCCUGUGUGCAAGCUAGAAGGUAGGAAUGAAAUCUUAAUCAAAGUGAGGGAUCGUCCUUUUCAUUCGUGGUGUUAGGGACGGCAGAGCAGUAGGGAAAUGCAGGCCCCUUGUUAAGACCUAGCAAUAAAUGACUCUUCACUUGUUAUGUCUUAAACUCCUAGUAGUCCAGGAGUUGUUCAGACUUUACCAUUUCUGUGCGUGAUAACCAAAUUUUCAGCGUGAAAAUCUGCAGAGUGAUUCUCUUGACUUGGACAAUCUUCUGAAUUAUAUUAAAAAUAUCUGUUAGUUCUUAGCUCUUUAGAUUCACUUUGGAUAGGUCAAAAAAUAACACUUGGGAAAAAAAACCGAAAGCCCUGAAACUUUGGCUUAGUACAUUUCCGUUAUAACGAAGCAUGGUUUUUGUGGAAUUCUGUGCUGUUUGGGGCUUUUGUGUAAAAGGCUGAAGGCAGAUUAUUAUUUAAACCAGGUGCAAAUAAAUAUCCCUGUAAUGUAUAUGAACAAAUUUAAACUGCAUAUUGUAAGUAUAUAAACUGUAUAUUAAAGACACUAUUUUCAUGAUA